AUGCGCUACGUGCUGGUGAUUACCGACCAAUUUACGAAGUGGGUCGAGCUGAUUCCCACCAAGGAUCAGUUGUCCUUGACGGUUGUGCAAGUAUUCUAUGAGCGUAUCAUCUGCAGACACGGAUGCCCCCUUCGAGUCCUUAGCGACAACGGCCCACAGUUCCGUUCGGCGCUCGUGGCCCUUCUAUGCCAAUACUUUGGUAUGCAGAAGAUCUUCUCGUCUGCGUAUUAUCCACAAGGUGAUGGCUAUGCGGAGCGGAUGAUGCGUACUCUCAACAACUCGUUGGCCUCUCUUUGUAAGAAGGACACCUCUAAUUGGGACCGAUACGUGCCCGGUGUUAUGUUCGCGUACAACUCUACCGAGCAUGAAGCAACACAUCAUAGCGCUUUCGAGCUCAAUACCGGUCGUAUUGCCCGUUGGCCGGGUGAACGGAUUGACAACACUAAAGCCAGCCCAAGUGCGACGAAGUUCAUCAGGAGUCUGCGCAAUACUAUCACUUCCGCCCACGAGCGAGCUCGCCGUUGCGUGAAUGCAUACUGGUCGCGCAUGAAAAGCGCGUACGACAAGAAACGGAGGGAUCAUGACUUGAAGCCUGGUGACCAA